AUGUCUGAGGUACAGUCCAGACCGUCUGCCCCCCGCGGCAGAGGCUCUGGCCGCGGUGGUCGAGGCGGUUUCGCUGCUCGGGGAGGAGGUCGCACCGGUGCUCGGCCUGCUGCCACCAAUGGUGAUUCCAAGCAUGACACAGAUUCCUCCCUGCCGACACUGGAAGACGAAGGCGAGGUCGGCCAGUUGAAGCAACAAUAUGGCAGCAAGGUUGCAGUCAUCAAAGAAAUGUUUCCCGACUGGUCUUCGGUCGACAUUUUAUUCGCUUUGCAAGAGACCGACGGCGACGAGAACCUCGCCGUCACCCGUAUUGCUGAGGGAACCAUUUCACAGUGGGGCGAGGUUUCCAAGCCCAAGAAGGAGCGUACGCGUCCCAAAGGCAAGGGUGAUACCUUCACGACCACCACUGGCGACUCAGUUCCUGCGGGUCUACCUCGGAAUGCCCGAGGUGGCCGCGGCGCCGACAGCGGUCGUGGCCGUGGUAGAGCCACCGAGCGCGGUGGCCGCGGUGCUGCGCGCGGCAAGUCGACUCAGGGCACAACCAAUGGAACUCGAGUUAAGGACACCGACCCUCUUUCGGUGCCGACCGAGGAGGCGACCGAAUGGAACACGCAGCCGGCCGAAGAACCGACCGCUUGGAGCGAACCUGCCGCAGCAGAAGCCGCUGCGACCACCGCUGCCUCGAGCACCACCCCCGCCGCAUCGAAACCUGCCACGGUCCCCGGAGCCGCAAAGACGACCUGGGCGAGCAUGUUGAGACAAUCGACGGUCCCGAAAGCGGCCCCGAAGCCGAGGGAGGUCCCCACGAAGGCCCCCGAGCCUACCAUUGACACCCUUCCCGCCCCUGAGCCGACGGAACCUGAGCCCGAAGUGCCCGCCCCUGUCGAGGAGCCCACCCCUGAACCCGAGAAGGAGGUUGUCGCGCCUCCUCCCGCUGAACGUGUUGCCCCCGUCGUCCCCGUCAUCCCCGCCAUUCCUGCCGUACCCCCCGUUGUCGUACCCGAGGUCGCGUUGGUACCGUCGCAGGAUCAACUAACCGAAACGAACCUCGACAAGAUCAAGGAUGACUCGAACCCGCCAGUGACCGAGACCGCCGCCAGCGAGGCUGCCGACUCUUGGGACCCGCGGGGUGCAGCAGCCAGCGCGACGGGCACUCCUCUCUCAGCUUCCCAGCAACAGCACCGGGCGGCCGCGGCCACAAAGGCGUCGGGUCGCGCACCCAUCCACCACCCCCGCCGCAUGCUCGAUCAGCUUGAGGCCGUCCGCAUGCCUGGCAACCGUGAUCAAGUUGACCGUGCUGCCGUCCAGUUUGGUGCUUUCAGCUUGAACGGCCCGAUCGAUGACGAUGUUGACGGCGACCGUGAAGAGCCCGAAACUCGCCCCCAACCCCCCGAAGACUCGCCAGUCACCCACCCCCGAACGUCUCUUCCUCCCGCUCAACCAGCGCCGGUUCCCGAUGUCUUCCCGGCACAAAAACCGGCGGCUUCUCAGAUCCCGACAGGGCCUGCUGCCGCCGCGCCUGCCGCACCGCAAGGCAGCACGCCUUCUAUUGCCCAGGCCACCGUACAACCGCCUGCCACACAAAACAACCAGCAGUUUGGUCGCUUCGGCCCGACUGCUUCUCAGGACGCCUCAUCGUUCCCCGCGUCGAAGUCCUUCGAGCCGUUUGGCCAGCAACCUGCCGUCGCCUCGGCCACACAGAAUCAGUUUGAGGGUGGCUUCCAAGGGCAGGGACAAGCGGCACAACCGCCAAGCCAGCAGCCCGGCGGCCCCUUGAGCUCCGCCCCCAGCGAGUUCUCUUCUUACUACACGGCGGAUGCGCAGAACCGCUUCAACUACUAUAACCAAAACUUCGGCCAGCAGCAGGGUGCGCAGGGUCAGCAGGAUGCCGUGCCGUCGCAACCCCAGCGUUCGUUCAGCGGGUAUAACGCACCCCAGAGCGAGAGUCUCAGCCAGUACCCUCAAAGUGGUACCCAGCACGCGCAGUCACGUUUCGGCGGUAGCACCACCGCUGACUCGCAAAUCACCGGCACCCCCACGGGUACCCAAGCCACCACCCAGGCCCAAGCCGGCCCGAACACCCAGGCCCAGACACAUGUCCAGCAGCCUCACGACUACCCAUACAACAACAACCAUCCCUACUACACGAACCCCUACUAUUCCGCUUACAUGGGCUACCAGGGAGCCUAUAACCAGGGCGCUUAUGGCGGACCUUACGGCAAGGGCGGUCUUAACUACCAGCCCAGCCAGUAUGGCAUCACUCCUCAAGGCCCACAUGCUUUCUCGUCCCCCGCGGGCGCCUUCGGUCAGACUGGUCUCCACCGGGACAAUGCUGCGGCAGGGGGGUUAGGCGACUAUGGCCAACGCGCCGGUUCCACCCCUUCAGGCCAGCAGGCUCUCGGAAGCGGAUUCGGUGGUGUCCAUGACUCGUUCAGCCGCGGUGGCUCCACUUACCAGUCCCAGGGUGGACAAUCGUUCAAUGCGCCCGGCUCUCAGCCCGGCACAGGGCCCUCUGCCGCCGACGACCUGAAGCCCUUCGGCGAUUCUAAGACUGCCGGUGGCCCGAGUCCAUCGCUCGGCGCCGCCGCCCGCCCUGGCUCUGCGGCGAACAAUGGCCCGUCGCAGGCCGGUCUUCCCCCUCCUCAGUCGAACCAGCAGUCUGGCCUUGGUGGCAUGGGCGGCUACGGCUACCCCAGCCACAUGCAACAACAGGGCCACGGCCUCCACGGCACCCAGUCCGGUGCGGGAGGCUACGGCAUGAGCGCCAGCGGCGGCCAGAGCCACCAGAACAGCUACGGCGCCGGCGGCUAUGGCGGACAGGGCUUCGCUGCGGGCGGCUAUUACGGCAAUCAGCCCCGCGGCUGGGGCAACAACUACCACUAG